CUAUACUAUUAGUACUUACAUAAUGUAGUGGUUGGUUCCUUGAAGAAUCCUGGGCACAUCAUACGUACUUUGCAGGUUGUGUAUACGUCCAGUUAUUGGCCAUGGCCGGUGAGCCAUGAGAGACCCAAUUUCUAACUCUCCAAUCAUCUUGACUCAGUGCAACGGCCUCAGAAUCUCCUGAUUAGCUACUUGGACUCCCAAAUUAUAUGAAAAAAACAGCCAUUCAUUAAUUCCUUGUUACCAGGUGUUCGUGGAACUUCACCUCGCACAACACUUGAGUUGUUACGAGCGCUAGAGAUGACUAUAAGAAAGAUCACCCGGUCAGGCCCUAUCGCUACAUACAUAUAAUCUUUCGAAAUUCAACGGCAUAAGAUAUUGCUUACUACCAUCCUACAUAUUCCCUACCUGUAUCCCUUCAUACCCGGCGGGCGUUGGACAAGGUUGUCACUGUCACCCCUUGUUACGUGCCGCAACGUGACCGACGGAUCGGCAUAUGGGACAUCUGACGGCCCCGAGGGAUUGCCUAAGCAAGCUUUCCUUACGAAAGCGAGCGUCUUCACUUACCACACACUUUCGACCAGACUGUCCUGCUUUAAAUACCCUACAACUUGUCUUAAGCUCUGAAGCCCGAAGCGUUUAGCACUCGGUUUUCAAACCCGACGUCCAUAUUCUGCCGUGUCCUCUACCCUCCCUUAUCAUGACAGCUUCCACCCAUACAAACGGCACCAAUGGGGUGCGCGCUUCACCUAACCGCAGAAAACAAAGUCGGUUUUUCGAAGACUACGGAGUGUGGAAAGAGGCGCCUGUUCUGGUCGGCUCGACCAAGUUCGAGCCCUUACCUGAAGUCAAGAAUAUCAUGAUCACCGGAGGCGCAGGCUUCAUCGCUUGUUGGCUUGUUCGGCACCUCACAUUGACCUAUCCAAGUGCCUAUAAUAUCGUAUCUUUCGAUAAAUUGGAUUACUGCUCCUCAUUGAACAACACGCGCAUGCUCAAUGACAAGAAGAACUUCACGUUCUACCAGGGAGACGUCACAAAUCCAUCAGAGGUUCUUGACUGCAUAGAGCGUUACAACAUUGAUACUAUCUUUCACUUUGCCGCGCAAUCCCACGUCGAUCUAAGCUUCGGCAACUCCUAUGGGUUUACACAUACUAAUGUGUACGGCACGCACGUCAUGUUAGAGAGUGCGAAAAAGGUCGGGAUCAAACGUUUUAUCCACAUCUCAACUGAUGAGGUAUACGGGGAGGUGAAAGAUGGCGACGAUGACCUUCUGGAAACGAGCAUCCUUGCCCCAACUAAUCCCUAUGCUGCAAGCAAAGCAGCCGCUGAGAUGCUUGUCUACUCAUACAUGAAGAGCUUCAAGCUCCCAGUAAUCAUCGUCCGAAGUAACAAUGUCUAUGGGCCCCACCAAUAUCCCGAGAAAAUCAUCCCUAAGUUUACCUGCCUGCUAAAUCGACAUCGGCCGGCUGUUUUGCAUGGUGACGGUAGCCCCACACGAAGAUACCUCUUCGCUGGUGACGCGGCCGAUGCGUUUGACACGAUUUUGCAUAAAGGUGCCCUUGGCCAAGUUUACAAUGUCGGGUCCUAUGAUGAGAUUUCCAACAUUGAUUUAUGCAAGAUGCUACUCAAGGAGAUGGGCGUUGCGCACGACGAACCAUCAGAGUUCAGUAGAUGGGUCAAGUAUACACAUGACCGACCUUUCAAUGACCAUCGUUACGCUGUUGAUGGGACCAAACUUCGUCAACUUGGCUGGGAACAGAAAACAAGUUUCGCUGAUGGCUUAAAGAUCACAGUUGACUGGUAUACGCGCUUCGGUGAGGAAUGGUGGGGAGAUAUUAGCAAAGUACUUAGCCCCUUUCCGAUCGUCAUCGAGGCUGAAGUGCAUUCUGAUAAGGAAGAGAUCUGUGAUGAGCCUGUCACAGCUAAGAAGCGAAAGGUCUCAAACUAGGCGCUACCGAUGCAGCUUUUUGAGAUGACUGAGGGUUUUAUCUGUCUCGCUCGUAUUAUUCUAAGAAGUCGGCAUACAAAACACCCUGGUAUAAGUGGUCAUAGAAUGAAGGGUAUCAGUCAUGAUGCUCUAGAAACUGGGCUGGGCGAUAGACCGGGUAGCUGCUUUACGAUAGACAUUUGCCAUUCAGCAUCAAUGUCACGAACAUUUACGAACAAUGAUCUUUAUCCCCAUCUGUGAAGACAUAAUCGGUAGGCCCCUAGUGGUGUAUAAUUGUAUGUGUUAGCAUGGCUGUCGUUAAGGUAUAAUACUGGGUGCAUUUAUUCGGCGACAAUUUACCCUCUAGGUUGAUCUUCGACCAUAUCUCAAGUUAGCGGUAUGGGAGACUCAGACCAAGCAUCAAAGCCUCGGGGCUCGACUAUCUAAGUAAAUCCCUGUCAGAUCCGUCAACAGGUCUUACCAUGAGAAGGUUUCUACAGACUGCGUGUGUAGAUUCUAUAGCUACCUAGAUAGGUAGCCACUUAUUCGAAC